UCUGGUCUUUUCUUGAAUUCCGCGAAAUUAGUGCAAACCUUUACUGUCUCAAGUACUAAAUACAUGGAUCAUAGAUAAAGAGCAGUACUUCGAUCUUUAUCUCCCACCCUUUCCGCUAGAUUCUUUUCUUUUCAGUUACAUAAAUUAUGGUACAUUACAACCCGACAAAACAUCAUACUUACUAGAAAGUAAUACUGAUAUACUCUGUCCCCGACCUUUAUCCCCUGCUCUUCUCAAUCACUGCUAUAAGAAAGAAAAAAAAAGGUUAAGAAAGUGACCGUACAUACAUGAUAAAAGCAAGGUCUGUGGUCCUUUGAUUAAAAACAAUAGUUGAUCAUAAGCUUAAGAAUAUCUAUCUCAAGACUCUUGUAAUAAUGGUUCAUUUGAAAGAGAGUGUUGGUUUCCUCUUUAACAACAGAUGGCUCGUUUUUGUAGCUGCAAUGUGGAUUCAGACAUGUGCUGGCAUUGGAUAUUUAUUCGGCAGCAUUUCUCCAACGAUUAAGAAGUCUCUGAAUUAUAAUCAGAGGCAAAUUGCGAGGUUGGGUGUGGCUAAAGAUUUGGGUGAUAGUGUUGGAUUCUUGGCUGGAACUUUGUGUGAAAUCUUGCCUUUGUGGGCUGCACUUCUUGUGGGUGCUAUUCAAAACUUCAUUGGCUAUGGUUGGGUUUGGCUCAUUGUCACUUCUCGUGCUCCUUCUUUGCCAUUAUGGGCUAUGUGUAUUCUGAUAUUUAUCGGAACAAAUGGCGAGACCUACUUUAACACAGCAGCUCUGGUAUCAUGUGUGCAAAAUUUCCCUAAAAGUCGCGGCCCUGUGGUGGGGAUACUCAAGGGAUUUGCAGGAUUGGGUGGUGCAAUUUUGACUCAGAUAUAUGCAGUGAUCCAUUCUCCAGAUCAUGCUUCACUUAUAUUUAUGAUAGCUGUUGGACCGGCAAUGGUAAUUAUCGCGCUCAUGUUUAUAAUCAGGCCUGUUGGAGGCCACAAACAAGUCAGGCCUUCGGAUGGGUUAAACUUUUCGUUUAUUUACAGCAUAUGCCUCCUCUUGGCUUCUUACUUGAUGGGAGUUAUGCUUGUUGAAGACCUUAUUGAUUUAAGCCACAUUGUCAUUACAAUCUUCACGGCUAUAUUGUUUAUCCUCUUGGCAAUUCCUAUCGUGAUCCCUAUCUCCUCGAGUUUUUUUCAAGAUCCAAGAGAACCAGUAGAAGAGGGACUUCUAUCUGAGUCAAAGAAACAAGAAACUAGCAAAUCUGAGCUUGGUGAUGGUCAUGAAAUAAUAUUUAGUGAAGUGGAAGACGAGAAGCCUAAGGAAGUGGACGCGCUUCCAGCUUCAGAAAGGCAAAGAAGAAUUGCACAACUGCAAGCAAAACUAGCUCAGGCAGCUGCAAAAGGAGCAGUGAGGAUCAAAAGAAGAAGGGGACCUCAUAGGGGAGAGGACUUCACCUUAAUGCAGGCUUUAAUAAAGGCAGAUUUUUGGCUUAUGUUUUUCUCACUACUUUUUGGUUCUGGAUCUGGUUUGACUGUGAUCGAUAACUUGGGUCAGAUAAGCCAAUCUUUAGGAUAUGAUAACACACAUGUAUUUGUUUCUAUGAUCAGCAUAUGGAACUUCCUUGGUCGUAUUGGCGGUGGUUACUUUUCUGAAAUAAUCGUCAGGGAUUAUGCCUAUCCGAGACAUGCAGCAAUGGCUGUUGCUCAAGUCAUAAUGGCCAUUGGGCAUUUCUUCUUUGCAAUGGGUUGGCCUGGAGCUAUGCACAUUGGUACUCUUUUGGUUGGACUUGGUUAUGGAGCUCAUUGGGCAAUCGUACCAGCUGCAGCUUCUGAAUUGUUUGGCUUGAGAAAUUUUGGGGCUUUAUACAAUUUCCUCACUCUUGCAAAUCCUGCUGGUUCAAUGGUAUUCUCAGGUGUUAUUGCUAGUAGUAUAUAUGAUAUGGAAGCUGCAAAGCAAGCUCAUGAGUAUCGUGGCACUGAAUCAAAUUUGGCAUCAGUUUUGUCUAGCUUUCUUUCUGUAGAUGAACCUCUGAAGUGUGAAGGUGCUAUAUGCUUCUUCCUUACUUCCAUGAUAAUGUCUGGACUCUGCAUUAUUGCAGUUGUUCUAAGCAUGAUUCUGGUGCACCGGACAAAGAUUGUAUAUGCUCAUCUCUAUGGAAAAUCUCGUGGAUAAUUCAUCCAUCGCGUGAAACAGGGGUAGAAAAUUUAGUUUUCAGAAGACACACUAUCAAUGAACUUAUGCUUCCGAGACCAUUUUAGGGAGGUGAAACUGCAAGCCAACACUAUUAGCACUCCUCCAGGCUGAGGUCAAGCGAUAAAGGAGACGGGACAGCUGCCUUUGCUGUUGGAAGCUCUCUGUUUUUGAGUGAGAUAAAAGAUUGUCUUGCAAGUCUUGAUUGCUGUAUAUUUUGUUGUCAAACUUGAAACUUUGGAAUGUUGAUUGUCGACUUCCACCAACUGUUUCACGCAGUGCUGAUCAUUUUCUGCUGCCAACAUUGUAUGAUUUCCGUUUAAAUGUUACUUCCCUCAACUAUACACUGUCAGUAUUAUCUCUCGCAUAUCUUAAGAUCUUUUCAUUAAUUAAGUUCUGGACCAUUAGACCAAGGGUCUUAUUCUCUUAGCUUAUAGCCUAUAAGCUGAUCUUAAGGCAUAUUUUUGUGUUUCGGUCCCUUGUAUUGACCACCUUACUGUAUUUAAUCAUACUAGCUUGCUGAAAAGAUAUGUCCUAGAAAAACUUAAGCCUCCUGUUAUCCUCUGAGCUUGUGGCCACCUCGAAAUAUCAUUGUCUUUAUGACUUUUAUCAGUUGGGUGUCUUGCAUUUGAAGGGAAUUUAGCCCUAGACAGAAAGGAAAUUAGAGUUAUGGAGCCAAUUUAGUAAAGGAGUAAAGAAUCCAGAUCAGCCAUUUCAUUCUUUACUUAUGCAACCUGUGACAAGGACUCAUGCUUCUGGUAAUGCAAUUUACAAACAAAAGAGACCAAUGGAAGAAGCACAAUGUAGAAAUGUGGCCUACAUAUGUUCCCAAGUGAAUGCUAACAAAUAACCAAAAUGACAACAGAAUUGUUAAACAUCAAAAGACCAACAGAAUUGUUACUCAUGCUUAUAGUAAUGCAAUUUACAAACAAAAGAGACCAAUGGAAGAAGAACAAUGUAGAAACGUGGCCUACAUAUGUUCCCAAG